AUGAGUCGAUUGUGGAAGGUUGGUUCAAUAUUUUCUCGUCUAUCGGGAAUGAUCGAAGGUGGACAUUUGAAAAACUCCGAAAUACCCAUCUGGUACUCGAUCUAUAAACGUUUUCCACCAGUACGCGAACCACGCUAUAUGUCGUUGACCGAAGGCGAACUGCCCAAACCUUAUGAACCACCGAAGAUUCUCUACGAUGAAGAUAUUGUCCGGCAAGCGUAUUAUGAGUAUGUGGAAGAUGGUGAAAUCAUUAAAUUGAAAAAUACGGAUCGAAAAUCUCGUUCUCAAGUAUUCAUCGAUGAAUAUUUUAAAAUGAAAUCUAAACAAAAAACACCUAUUCCACAUUCAAAACUAUUUCGAUUAACAUUAGAUUAUUUACAACAACAUGGACAUCCAAUUAUGUUUAAAAUAGGUGCAGAAGAAAAAUUUCCCGAAAUAACUCCAUCACCAACUGAAGAAAAGAACUCAUCAAUCCUAGCUACAUCGGUGGAUACGUUUGAAACUGAGUGGGAACGAGAUAACAAAGAAGGUCACUUUCCGUUAAGUAAAAACACGUAUCAAUAUCAUCGCCUUCAACCACAUCGAAUUCAAACAACGUUCGGCGAAAAAGCAGUCACCGAUUCGAAUGUCACUCACCGUCGUACGGACGGUUAUGUACAUUCCACUGUACUUGGAGAUGAAGUGAAACAGAUCGAGAAUUCAUACAUGCCUGGUCAGAAUCUUCAACCAUUGAUACCACCGACAUUCAUACAACAGAAUAUGCUUCGACAUGGCAAAGUUCAUAAUGUGUUCACUAGAGAACAGUAUGAAACCGAUCCGUUCCUACGAUUGCAAGAUCGAGUGAAGAAACUCGAAGCUUAUCGACGACCGCCAACACAUACCAAAGUGUUCAAAAGAAAAUUCAAGGCGAAGAAGUUUUUGGUUGACAUACCGGGAAUUUAUGAUAAAAAAUAG